ACGCCGUUGAGCAGCGCUCUGCUCGGAGUUUGUUUGAAGUGACAUCCUGCUUCUUUUCUUCUCCCGAGGCUACACGAACUCUGCCGGAACAGAGACCCAGCCCAGCCCGGUACACAGACUCCCUGCUCCGGAUAAACUCACAGCACGCCCGAGAACAGAGCAAAGGUCUGGGUCAGAGCUGACACAGAGCCGUUGUUAGAUCCACGGAGCUGCAGACUCUCCACACUCUUCUCCCGGUCCAUCAUGAACUUCAUCCUGGAAACCCUCCAAGUCCUCCUGCUGUCCCUUUGGUACAACAUCGAGUCGUUCAUCUUCUUCUUUGUGCCCAUGAAGAAGAAGAAUGUGGCGGGGGAGGUGGUGCUGAUCUCGGGGGCAGGUAGCGGCAUCGGACGCCUCAUGGCUCAGGAGUUUGCGGCGUUGGGGACGGUGCUGGUGCUGUGGGACAUUAACCAGGACGGCAUGAAGGAGACGGCCCGGCUGGCUAAAGAGGGCGGAGCCAGCAGAGUCCAUUAUUACCUGUGUGACUGCAGCGACAAGAACGAGGUGUACCGGGUGGCCGACCAGGUGAAGAGGGAGGUUGGUGACGUCACUAUCCUGGUGAACAACGCCGGCAUCGUGACGGGAAAGAAGUUCAUGGAGGCCCCGGACUCUCUGAUUGAGAAGACGAUGGAGGUCAACACCAUGGCUCACUUCUGGACAUACAAAGCCUUCCUCCCCGCCAUGGUCGCCAACAAUCACGGACAUCUGGUCAGCAUCGCCAGCUCUGCAGGACUCAUUGGUGUCAACGGACUGGCAGAUUACUGUGCCAGUAAGUUUGCAGCCGUGGGUUUUGCUGAGUCGGUGGGUCUGGAGAUGUUGGCGUUGGGGAAAGACGGAGUGAAGACCACCAUCGUUUGUCCAUACUUCAUCAACACAGGGAUGUUUGACGGAUGUCAGACCAAGUGGCCGAGUCUGCUGCCCAUCCUGGAUCCAAAGUAUGUGGCCAAGAAGAUCAUCCAUGCUGUGCUCACAGACCAGGUGUACCUGCUGCUGCCCAGGAGCUUGUACCUGAUCGCUGCACUCAAGAACAUCCUGCCCAUGAAGCAGGGCAUCUUGCUGGGUCAGUACCUGGGAGCCUUCAGCCUCAUGGACACCUUCAGAGGACACUCCCAAGGAAAGAAGCAGGAGUGAUGAGGAUGGACUGGAUCCAAACCUCUGCAGCACCAGAUUGGAUCUGAAGCCUCUGUUGGUGUGAUCACACAGAGCUUCAGAUUAACCCUUUAAUGUCCCGCUCAUUUCAAGGCUUCAUACUUGAACACACUUCAUUAAUAUUUGUCUCUGUAGCCUGUUUUUAGAAGUAGCAUUUUAACAUGUUUUUAGAGGUAUAAUCAAAAUGUAAUCUCAUAGAUAUUUAGAACAGACGCAUAGAGGAAGAAUCGUCCUGUCUGUAAACAGGCGGGAUAAGGACCCCUGCUGGUGCAUCAUGAGACUGAUGUUGCGUCUCAUUAAGGUCUUCAUGACGGCCUGUUUUUAGCGCCCCCUGCUGCUCUGAGGAUGUCAUGAUGUGUCACUAAGGUUCACCUGGGUAACAUGCUGCAGCACACACUCAUCAGGUGUUCACUGUGCUGUAUUAUACAGGGCAGUGUGUGUGUUAUCUGUCAGGUAUCUAAAUAUCAUGUUGUACUCCCUCAUCCUGUCACAUGAUCUCUUCCCCUGGGACUCUACAGCACAGCAUGUGGACUUGUUAACCCGCGUCUUACAUUCCACUGUACCCUUCAGGUACACUCAGGGACGGAAACCAAACUGAAGGGCUGAUUACAUUCCUCUCAUGUCCCCUCGUAGAGAAGUUUUCAUGCUGCAGACCUGUCCAUGCUCGUGUCUGUUCACAUUCUGCUCCUCCUGUUCUGAGUCUAAAAGCCUCGUCUCUCAGGCCGGCACUCUGAAGGAAGCUAACACGGUGCCAGCUGCUUCUCACCUCUCCCAUCAGACUUCAAGGUUUGUAGUUUUUAUUCCACACAACCGAAACACUGACCGUUAAGAUGUCAGCUGUUUGAAGCAGCUUUUUAUUUAGCACAGAGAGUUAGCAUUGUGAUAGCUCAAAGCUAACGGGUGAGAUUAGCACAAAAGUUCAGCUCAGUUUAAACAUGUCAGUCACAAAGUCUGGACUGACCUUCAUUCAUUUACACACAGUUUUAAAGACCUCACAUGAGCACAUUCCCCCCUGUGACGGUCUGAGCGUAUGCAGUAAACAUCAUGUGUCAUUAUAUCCCAGUGUAUGUACUCCAUCAUCCUAAUGUGUAAUUGAUAACUGUCAUCAUGUAAUCUGUAGACGUGUUUGCAUAUGAAGCACAGAUUAUAACCUGAAUGUAAACCUGUAAACACCUGUGGCCUUACAAUGAUCCGCUCAUAAAGGAGAAAAUGUUUUCAGUUCA